AUGUCGGGACAUGUGUCGCGGGGGAAGGGGCUGCCGGCGCCCAGCCCUCUUGCGGCGCGGCCUCUUCCGCAGGAGAGCCAACCUAGGAAGCCAGGGAGCAAGACCAGGCCGGGGAAGAAGGGGAGGAACGGUGCGCACGAAAAGAGAAAGCAACACGGGCCGCCACAGCUGGUUGGCAAGGAUGCAUCCAUUGCAAUGAUUGUGCUGCAUUCUGUUUCUGUGUCUUCCGCAGCCGAAAGGCAGAGGAAGGCUCACCAGCGCGAGCAAGCCCUGUGGAGCGCGAUAGAGGGCGUGGUCAAGUCCAGCAAAUCCAUGGACAACAAGGGGGGCGACCUGAGGAGAAUACUGCACGAGAACGACGACGUGACCGAUGACAUGAAAACCUACAUCGAGAAGCGGUUCAAAGGUAGAGUGCACAGAAGGCAGGAACGCAUCACGCAUUCAUGCCUUGAUCCAUCCAUCCGUCCCGGCAUGUGUUUGUCCUUUGUUUUGUGUGUGCAGGCUACGAGAGUGCGUCGCCCCUCAAGAGCCAACGCGAGGGCCCUGCUGCUCAGCUGCAGCAGGCUGGCGGCGCGUCUGCGACGGGGAAGCAUGGGCAGCAGGGCGGGGGGGGGCCGCGACCUCACAGACGGCUGUGGGAGUGGGAGCUACGGGUAGUGGCAGGGGGCGGGGGAGUAGUCCAGGUAUCCAUGGACACACAAUAGAAGAAAGUCACAUACACACUCAUUUCCCUUCUGCCACGUGGGUACGUGUGUGUGCAGGGUGGUGGUGUGUCUGGUGGCGCGGGCAGCAGCAGCAGCAGCAGCAGCGACGGUAACACACUGACUGGGGGAAUGGCUGACCUCAACAACGGGCAGUGCCGGAUGAAGAAGCACUGGAAGAUGCUGUGGCUCUUCACCGACAUAAUCAUCGUAUGCAAGCUCUGCCCGAAGUACGGCGAUGGGUAACACACCUGGAGGGAGGAAUGGAUGGAUGGGUGGGCGUAUCCUAGCCAUGGUGACACAUGUGACGUAUGUAUUGCGGUUCUCUUGUGUGCUUGUCAGGUUUCGUUGGUGCAUCAUUAUCUGGUGCCGUGUCGUCGUGGUGCCCAUCUGCCAGCUGAUCAGGGCGACCGGCCGUCAGCCUCGUAUCGUUGACGGCCGGGUCAACCUGUAUCAGCAGCACGGCAGAUGGUACAUCGAGAUGGAGAGCGGCGCCCCCUUCCUCAUCCCUGAGCGCUUCGCACUGCGGCCGAGAUCCACGAGCUGGAUCAGGAUGGGGAGGAGGCGCUGCUGCAACAGCUCGGGUACGACGUAAGUGUCUGAUGAUACACGAGCCAAAGUGAUGGAAGGGUGGAUACGAUCAUGUGUGUCUCCCUUAAUUAGAUACGGAGACACACUUCCGAUUGCUGCCUACGUUUUAUAUCUGACGGAUUCUCCAAGAUCGCACGACGCUUUCCUUUCUGAGCGAUCCCGACAUUGUUCCCCUGAGGAGUGUCGUUGGGAUUUCGCCAGUCACAAACCAUCAUAAUUCCUGCGGUGUUGGUUGGCCUCAGGUGAUGAUGGCGAGAUCAGUGUGUGACGAUCUUGGCCGAGGCGCGCGUUAGAUGCACCUGCGACGAUUGCGGUGCAUCGUCUGCUGUCGUGUUACCCCCAGUAAAGCGUCCAAGCCACAGCCAGUGAUAUCCUCCGCCACAGAGCGAGUGAGAGAAAGCCCUCUUGCCCCACCACCACCAACUCAACGAAGGAGCGUCGCCAUCAGCCCGUCUGAGCCACCAUCAUGGCGCCCCCCUCAGCCGACAAAGGAAAUCAGAACGUUCAUCAGAAAUCGUCAGGGCUACCGCACCCGCCACCCCGACGUCAUCCCGCAGGGGGUCAACAAGGCCGCCCCUGGACAGGCGCCACGGUGGGGAUUUGAGGGCUUCGCCAGCUACCUGAGGUGUUUGCCCACCUGCUGCACUUCAGCGCCCGGCAGCACUUCCAGAGCAUCCACAUCACCAUCCCACUGGAGGUGGUGCUGCCCCGGUUCUGCGAGUACGCCGACCUCACUCACCAGGUGCGGGUCACCGACCAGUGGAACAUCAAGUGGAUAUUUGCCGACAUGAUCAUUAUCAUCUGGUGGUUGAAAAGUCAUCGUCUGCAUCAUCAGUUGGGUCAAAUGCGUCCUCUCCCUCAACUACAAGCUGAUCAAGCAGCGGAAGGACGCCGUCCUCAAGGUCGUCAACGGGCGGGCAAUUCCCUUCGAGCAAGGCCUCUACUGGUACCUCCAGAUGGUCAAGAAGAACGGAGGCGGCCCGGCCCCUCCCCUCCGUCUGCCCCGCUGCUUCUGUGUCAUCGCCGAGCUCUUCCGCCUCACGCCCGUCGAGCGCUCGUUCGUCAAGGGCAACAACCUACCGGCGAGGGACGACAGCUCCAAGACCAACAACCAACAGGAGCUGCGGGACACGGCCAGAGAGAUGGUGGAAGCCAGCACCACCACCCACCCGGACCUCAAGGCCGUCAUCCAAGUGGUUUGACGAGUGGCCCCUGCCGUCCUGCCAAUUCUCAGACGAGAUCCGCGGCAAGUCCUACCUCAUCACCGACCCAGCCCACUGCAUACGGCAUCAAGGACGACACGGGUGCGGUGCCCGAGGGAUACGACCUGACUGCCCAUCACCUCGGGAUCAUCCUCAAGACGUAAGCAGCGAAGCGAGGGAGACACACACCACAUGCAUGCAGCGAUGACGUGAUGUGUCUAUCUUCCAUAGAUUUGAGAACCAGAACCCCAUCGACGAGGAGUGGGAGGACGAGGCGAUGGGGCUGUCCCACGCUCUGCAGCACCUGACGGACCGCAACGUCAUCGAGAUAGGACGGGGGAGAAGAGCCGCCAGCUGCAGAGCAGAGGGGUCGUCAGAACAACACACGGCACAGGUGUGCGGAGGGCAAUGUUUGUGUGCAUGAAUCCGUCUCUCUGUUCACAUGCAGAGCGAGGAAAAACUCUCAACCGACCAUGUGUGUCUCUCUUGUGUAUUCGCGGUCGUAAGUGUCGUGCUUGCACGAAUUUCACCUGGCGGGGCUUCUGCACCUGGAUCUGAACAACAUAAUGUUCCCUGAGAAGGCCCCGCUCCAGGUGAUGCCCGUAGACCUGACGGGCACAAGGGGGGGCAAUGACGCACGACCAUGGGCAGCUAUGCAAGGGAUAUCCGGUCUAUGUACGCCAUGAGGUUUACGAAAAGGUGACAGGCGGAAUCUUUGUUGACUACGUCCUCUACUAUUGGGCAGAUGCAGCCCCGCUUCCACGGCCGACACGCAAGCCCCAACAGCCUCAGGGGCAUCGAGCAGUCGCCCAGGUACGAAAGGGGAAAGCCAAAUGCACUCACAGAGAAGUCUCCCAUGUGUACGUAUGUGUGGUCCUUCAUGUCCGCAGGGACGACUUGUUUGCUGGUGUGAGGGCCGCCCUGAGCGUCAUAAUGACGCCGGCGUCGGCCUCGCCUGGCGCUCCGUGGGCCGCUGGGAGCAGAAGCACCUGCUGCCCGAUGACAACGAGGCCCACGAGGUGA